AUGGAUGCGGUUACGAUAGCUGUACAUUGGCAUGACGAAAAUAAACCCAUAUACUCAUUGGACCUUCAACCAACGACAGCUGAAAACAGAAUACCAAGAUUAGCCACAGGAGGAGGAGACAAUAAUGUACGAAUUUGGAAACUUGUUGACAACUCAGUCGAGUACCUUUCUACAUUGCGAAAACAUACUCAAGCGGUGAAUGUCGUCAGAUUUAAUUCGAAUGGGGAUGUCCUUGCAACUGCUGGAGACGAUGGGUUUGUUUUCUUGUGGACAAAGAGCGAUACCUUGGUUAAAGAAUUGGGUGAUGAAGAAGACGAAGAUAUGAAGGAAAGUUGGCAAUGUGUGGGAAACAUAACAAUUGGCAAUGAAUUGGUUGAUAUAUGCUGGUGCGGAAAUUACUUGGCAGUAGGAUCGAUGGAUAACACUUUGAGGGUCUAUCAUGUUGUUGAGAAUGGGAAGAAGUUAACGGGAAAGCCAGUUCACACGUUGGAAAACAAUGAUCACUUUAUCCAAGGUGUGUCUUUUUCUAAUGAUUAUUUAUUCACACAAUCCGCAGACCGUAGCAUUGUUGCUUACAAACUCGGUGACAAUGGAUCGCUAUCGCUACUUCACAAAUUUCAAAAACUUGGCGGCACUCAAAUGUAUCAAUCGGAAAACCUUCAAUCAUUUUUCCGAAGGCUAUGUUGCUCACCCGAGGGGUCAUUGUUGGUUACUCCUGCUGGUUUGGAUGAAAAUGGAUCAAAUUGUGUCUACAUAUACUCGAUAGCAAAUUUGCAAACUGGACCAGUUAUCAAGAUAAGUGGGUUCAUCAAACCAGCAAUUAUCGUGUCGUUUAAUCCUAAACUAUUUAAGCUGCUAAGUGAAUCACUGGUAUUGCCUUAUAAAUUGAUUUUUGCAAUCGGAACGUUGGACAGUAUAGUGAUUUACUCAACGGAUGACGAGUUCAAACCCUUGGGGCAGGUUUCAAACAUACAUUAUCAAGCUAUAACUGAUCUCGCUUGGGACGAGAACGGUACGAAGUUGCUAGUUAGUUCAAUGGACGGAUUUUGCUCUGUUGUCAACUUCGAAGCCAACACGUUUGGCUCAUUGUACGACGGUCCAUUGGGUGAUAAUUUACAUCGAGAAAAGGUGCCACCCGUGAAGGAACAGCAUCAAGCAAGUUCAACCUCAUCCUCACCACCAAAGAAACAAGCUCCUACGAUAGACACAUUCUUUAAAGAUACAAAGGGCAAAAAACGAAUCACACCCACAUUGAUUCUGUAA